UUACUAAUACCCGAUUCCCGAUGGCGAGCAAUCCUUAUGUUAAGUCCAUAGUGCUACUGCUUGGCUCAGGCGGCAUAGGAUAUGGUCUAAUGCUGCUCACUGAGCCGAGUGCCGAGAAGUUGGAGCGCAUUAAAGCAUCCGGAUCACUGAAUGCAGACCAACAAAAAAAGACACUGUUCAUGCAAAAGCUAAAGGAAGCGGCAACAGAUAGCACACCAAUAUACAGGCAAAGACCAGGUGCAGAUAAAAAAGAUAACUAGACUAAGUUAUUUGUAAUUUAAUUGUUGUA